AUGAAGGUGGCCGGCACUCGGGAAGUCCUCACUUUGUUGGCAGUCCUAGUUACUCAACAUUCCCUCGUCACUGGAAACUCCACGGUGGUGGUUACCCACGAAAACGUUCAGGGACUCAUCGAUUCCAAUGAGUUGCUGUUGCUCAGUUUUUAUACGGAGUGGUGCCGCUUUAGUAAGAUUCUGGAACCUAUUUUCGAGGAGGCGGCGGCGAAGAUACAUCAGAAAUUCCCCGAACAUGGCCGUGUGAUCCUGGGGAAAGUAAACUGCGACAAAGAAGAAGUGCUGGCCGACCAGUUCAAUAUAAUCAAGUAUCCGACGAUAAAGAUCGUCAGGAACGGGUUGAUUAGCAAUCAGGAGUACCGUGGCCAGCGAUCUUUGGAGGCGUUUAUGCAGUUUGUGGAAAGGGAGCUGUCGGAUCCGAUCAAGGAGUUCCACAGCAUCGAUGAGCUGAAAGGCGCAGAAGUGGGUCAUGGCAUAGUAAUUGGAUAUUUCAUUUCGAAGGACCACGUCGAAUAUGAUACAUAUCGCCGGGUAGCGAGCCUAAUGCGUAACGACUGCAGGUUCCUUGUGGGCUUCGGUGACUUGACCAAGGAUCUUCGACCACCUGGCAAGAACGCCCUCAUCUUUCGAGGGGAUCCCUCGAUUCCAAAUCCAAAGCAGUCAUACAGUGAGUACCAAGGCAACAAGACAAGCUUUAAAGAUCUGACCGCAUGGAUCGAUACUAAGUGUGUACCCGUGGUUCGAGAAGUUACGUUUGCUAACGCCGAGGAGCUGUCCGAGGAGGGACUGCCUUUUGUAUUGCUGUUUUACAACAAACAAGAUUUGGGCCCUAUUCAGGAAUUUAAGAAGGCAAUUCAUAGCCAGCUAGAGAAUGAGACGAGGGUUAAUUUCCUGACUGCUGAUGGAGAACUCUUCAAACACCCGCUCUACCAUUUGGGCAAGUCCCCGGGAGAUCUGCCAAUAAUCGCCAUCGAUUCAUUCAUCCACAUGUACCUUUUUCCGCGGUACGAGGAUAUUCACGUGCCCGGCGUCCUCAAAAAGUUCAUAGAUGAUCUUUUCAACGGAUCCCUUCAUUUUAAUUUCCAUUCAACCGAAGAGUCUGACGAAAAAUCUGAGUCUACGAUCGAGCCCACUCAACUCCCACCGGUUGUCCACGAAUCCAAGUUUAAGGAACUUAUGCCCUCGAAACACCGCUAUACGUUGAUCAACCGUUCUAGAGACGAGCUGUAGGUCCAUCUAAAAAUACAUUUAUCCUUUCGCUUCAAUCUUUGUUAGCUUAUUAUAUAAUUUCUUUGGUACAAUACCGCUGCAGUAAUGUUUUUAAAUAAAAUAAAAUUAAAUAGUGUUAGCGUA